CAGUGCUGGCUUGUUUGGUUUAAGAAUUUUGUAGAUCAGCUAUUUUCAUUGCUUUUGUUAUUAGGUGCUAAGAAUAAUAUUGCAACGCAAUCUAAAUCAUUACGUGUACAAAUACUUAUCCUUUAUUUUUAUUGACACAGUCAGAACAAAUCUAAGAAAAAAGGUAAGCUUAAGUAGCAAAAGGAAGAUUGUACUACGAGUAUCAACUUUAAGGAUAAUAUCGAAAAGCAAAUACAAAAUUUUAAUUUCUUUUAUUGCAAACGGCAAUAUAAGGCUCCCAACUUUUUUUUCUCAUCUCUGAAAGCAUACUCGUCUAUAUAUAGCGAAAAAUAGGUCAGUAAUCUAGGUUCAUAACUUUAUCGAGGAGCUUCGAUAAAGCACUCGCGCCAAAUAGGGUGCGUGGCGCCAGGACGUCGGGAGCCGACGGGACGCCGAGCGACGAGGGAGGCUGCACAGUCACCGCGCCGCGCGCGACCCGCCCGCGCACCAUGAAAGAAAAAUAACAAUAAAUAAAACACGCAAAUAAAAAAACCAAUAUGAUAAUAACACCAAUUUUUUUCCUAAUACUAAUAAACUUAAUAACUCUAUCGGACUGUGUCAGAACAAAGCCAAAAAAUGCGACAGAAAAAACAGAUGAUACCAUUAAAAAGAAUUUGGCAAAACAUGAAGAAGUUCUAUUCGAAGUUAUGAAAAAUAAGAGUGAAGUUAAACCUGUUACUAUAACUAAUGUUGUGGACACGAUACUGGUGCCUAUCGCCGCGAAAAAAGUUAAGCCUGCACCUAAAAUGAUCCCACCGGAUAUAGUACAAAACUGGGCAAACGAUAUCUCAAAAAGUUUAUAUGACAACGAUAACAUUGUGGUGCGAAGAAAGGAACUGCUGAAGAGCUUCUCAGACAUUAAGAUCGAAGUGCGUAACGGUUCGGCAAUCGUGAACAAGAUGGCGGACUCCUUGGAAGAUCUGCUGAAGAGGAGAGCUCAUGCUGCAGAGGAAAUCAUGCGGAGAGCUGAGGAACUGGCUGGACUUGGCUCUGAGCCUGAUGAAACCUACAGUUUUGACUACAGCGUUAAUUUAAAUAAUGUGAAAAAGAAAAUAGAAGAAAGUGAUUUAGAAGAAAAUCAAGAACCCCUUAAUUGUAGAAGUUUACGAAAAAUUAAGCUUAAGAACAGCAAACAUUUUGAUGCCGAAGUUUCGCUAGAGUAUAGCAGUGUUCACGUAGUGGCUGAAGUUUUUGAUUGUGCUCCGAAAGUAAAAGAAGCACUUUACUGGUCAGAAGGUUUAUUGUCGACCUUUCAAAGGAACUACGCGCAAGAUUCAUCUCUAGAUUUCCAGUACUUUUGCAGUGCACAAGGAUUUCUGAGACAUUAUCCAGCGGCCUUAUGGGAUACAAUGUUCAAGCUCAAAUUUGAUGAUGAGGAUUCUGAGAAAGUGUACGAUUGUCGGCUGCGGCCGUGGUACGUAAGCGCGGGGGGAGCUCCCCGGGAUGUCCUCAUACUGAUAGAUGCUUCAGGCUCCAUGGACAACUCCUCCAACCAAGUCAUAGCCGAGCAGUUUACGCUGGCACUGCUGAGCGCCCUCACUGAUGACGAUAGAGUCAAUGUGCUGCGUUUCAACGUCGUUGUUGAAUCUCCAAUCGGCUGCUUCAAUGAGAAGAUGGUGCCGGCAAAUCACGUGAACAGUGCAGCAAUGAUGGCGGCGAUGAAGGACUACAAGAUGGUAAACGAGACGAGGAUGAAGGAUGUGCUGGGGUACGCGGUGCGGCUGCUGCAGCGACAGCGUGUGGCGAAGGACCGGCCGCGCGCAUGCCAGCAAGCUGUCAUCCUGCUCACUGACAGCAUCUACAGGAACUAUACCAAGCUCAUGAGGCAUCUCGAUCCUGAUGGACGGAUUAGGUUGUUUGUGAUGUGGCUUCACGACUUGUUCGGUCUUCGGGAUCACACGCGGUCCUUUGGGGAGUUCCUGAGCUGCGACCGCGACGGCUACUUCGCGGAGCUGAUCACGCCGUAUGACGUCACGCAGCAGGUCCUCAAGAUACUACAAGUCAUGGAGCGCCCGCUUGUCACGCAGAGAGAAGAGCGACAGACAGUCUUUAGUGAUGUGUAUGCACAUGUUGAGGAUCCGAGAAGAAGCGAGUUGUAUUGGAAACACAAGGAGAACAUAGAGCAGAUGAACAGGUACCAAGCCCUGAGGCGGAACAAGAAGAAACUACUCAACGAAUCACAACUCUAUAAGGACUGGAUGUACCAAAUUAAUUAUGACAAAUAUGGGCAUUAUUACGAGGGAGAAAUGUUGAACUACAGACUGCAAAUAAGUGUCUCUGUUCCAGUAUUUGACCACGUUACUUCAGAGAAUAUCACGAUAAAACUGGAUGAGGAAAAACAAAGGAAUUCUACGCGAACGUAUCCAGUUAACCGCCUGUUGGGAGUAGCCGGUGUUGACAUACCGAUAGACCAUCUCAAACUGCUGUUGCCCUACCAUCAGGUAGGCGCGGGAGGAUCAAUAUGUCUUAUCGACCAUCGUGGCAAUAUUGUCUUACAUGAUAACAUCCAACACACAUUUGAUGGCGACAUUCUAAAGCCAGGAUAUCGGACUGUUGACUUUAUAGACCUGGAACAACAAGCUGAGAGUCAUAAACCACGGUAUUAUUCGAAAGAAUGGGUAAAGUUCCGCAAAGAGCUAAUAAUAGACAAAGAGGAAGGCAACAAGACGCUGUAUGGGAAGAGCAUUUACGAUGACGGGAUGAGGGCUAUUCUCGAGAUGCGAGAGUAUCACUGGAAGCGAGUGCUAAACCAUUACACAGCGAUAGUAGUCCUGCCGCUAAGUAACAGAGUCCACGCAGUUCCCGAGGCGGCCUUCACGAAGCAAAUAGCCGGUGAAGCGUGGAAAUCUCUCUCUAGAACAGAGUUCGCUGUUCAUCCGGAUUGGUUAUACUGUCGGCAUAUCGAACCUCAUUUCGAUUCCCGCGAAGCUGAGGUCCGCCAUUUUACCAAGCGUCGUAGUGACGAAGCUGUAUUCCCCAUGCAGAAAUUAAAACAUCUCUUCAGUCCGAUCCCGCCAUCUUUGUUCGAGAAAACUUAUCAAUGUAACGAGGAGUUAAUGGCGAAGUUCUGCAAAGAGGUGAUCGCGACGGACCGCUGGGCAAGAGAGCACGAGGCGCCCGGCACUGAGCGGGACUGUUCCACUUGCGAGCUUGGAUCCACCACCGCCUUCUUUGCCAGCGAAAGCGGUCUAACCCGGUGGCAGCAGUACCACGCCACCAGCGCGCACGCGGACCCGCCGUCUGGGUCGUGGUGGCCGCGCGGCCCGGGCGAGGCAUGGUACCGCCGCGCCGCCGCCAGACCCGACACGCUCAUCGUGCACGCGCCCGUCGCUCCCGUCGCCAAAAUGAGGAUCAGUAAGACACGACCCCCACCCUUCACGAUCAGAUCGGAAUGGCUGACGGCAGCCAUGACGCUUGGCUCUCCGGACAAAGGCAUUGUCGGCGUGGCAGGCUACCACUUCCAUCCGCGACACUUAGUGGACUUGCUGGAGUCUGUUACCAAUUUCCCCUGUCCUGAGGGUGAAGAGUGUAGACCUCAUUGCGACGGCAAAGUUUGGUCGUGUGUGCUUAUCGAUGAAAACGGCUGGAUAGUGGCGCGGGAGGGACGGAACUUCACUGGGGAACCGGACGAACCGCUGAGGGAACACUUCGCUGCUGUGUAUCCCACGGCUAUGAGGGCUCUGGUCAACGCUAGCGUCUUCGCACUCAACUGGAUACAUGAUUACCAGGGAGUCUGCUUUCCGUUCGUUGAUGAAACGUCGAGCGCUACUUUAACUAUGGUGCCGUCCUUACUGCGAUCUCUGUGGAGGUCAGUGGGGCUCCUGCUUCGUGUCACCCAGGAGUUGAUAGUACUUAUUACAAUCUUCAGCUCCAAUUGUAUCACUUCGGUGUUUGCUGACACCGAGCAAGAGAAACAAAAACGCAAGAAGCGUCUUUGGCGUGACUACGAGAGAGAGAAAUAUGAGACUCUGUACGACGACCGCGUUCUAAUAAAUAGGACUCAUUUCGCUGCGUGCGAUAGAUCAAGGCCGCUCUAUGUUUUACAGGACACGCCGCAAGCUCGUGAUGCUCUCAAGAGGCCCCCGAAGCCUUGCACAUGGCCGCUGUCGGCAGCUCGAGUGCCAAAGACCAACUUACUCCUCGUCGCUGUUUACAACCCGUGCCCAUACAAAGGGUGGCCCGUACCAAGUCCUCUUAUUAAUCAACAGUAUAUUGAGGUGGAUCCCGAAAUGGAAAGUGACCCGAGACAAGGUUCUGCAAGUAAACUAGCUUGUUGGCGCAACCGGGAGCCGCUGCCGGCGCGACCACCACACAUGAAGUGCUACCCACAUAACUACGCAGAGGAAAAGGGCUACCGACAGUGCGGUCCCUGGCUCCCGGACCCUGAGAAAGAAGACGCAGCAUCAUUCUCGAAGAUCUCAAAUACAUUGCUUUCUAUAUUAAUGUUAUUGCUUCUUAUACAGAAAUGUACGUUGUGCUAAUGUUGAGACAAAUAAAACAACAAAACACAUUUCCA